GUUGUUGUGGAUUUUUGGGCAAUUGCAGGUUGUUGUUUUUGAGGGAUUUUUGGGCAAUUGCAGGUUGUUGUGAGGAAUUUUUUGGCAAUUGAGGGCAAACGGGCAAUUGAGGGAUUUUUGGGAAUUUUUUGACGAAUCUGUUCUCUAGCAAAGCAAACAAUAAACACCGAAUGUAAGACCAAACUUCCAAGUUUUUCAAUUCAUCAUCUUCCAGCUUCAUUUCUUCCACUCAUCAUCAUGUCUGAUACAGAAACAGAUUCCCCAACAACAUUAAGUACCAAUCCUCAGAGCAAGGAAAGCCCAUAUCUAAUGUCUGAUGCAGAUUCUGUCAAAGAUAUAUUUCUAUGGAGGAGAAAGAAGGCAACUGCAACCACCCUCUUAGCAUCAACAGCCAUAUGGGUUCUGCUGGACAAAUAUCAAUUCAAAUUCAUCACCGUGGCUUCAUGGGUGGCCAUGUCCGUCGCUGCAUUAUCAUUCCUCUGGGGUAACCUACUCAGGCUUGUUGGCAGAGAGCCACCGAAUCUGUCCAGACUGGAAAUCUCGGAAGAAUACACCGUGGAGAUUGCAAACAGUCUCCGGACACUAGUUGAAGCAGCUGUGAGAUGGAUGUUUGAUGUGAGCGUUGAGAGAGAUCUGUUUACAUUUGCAGGAGUACUAGCCGAAAUAUUCCUACUGUCAUAUGUAGGAAGCUCCUGUGAUUUGUUAACACUUCUUUAUGCAGGUACUUUGAUGGGGAUGACAGUGCCAGUGACUUAUGUCAAGUACGAGGAUAAACUAAAGAGGGGAUGGGAGAGGAUCACGGUUCAGUAUACAACAUUUCAGGAGAACUUAGUUAGGAAGGUGAGUAACUACAAGGACAAGAAAACCUAGUCCAAGAAGACUAAGUAGCCCACCUGACUUUGUUGUUAAAAGCUGGAUUUCAUUUUCUCUUUUCUCAUGGAUUGAGUCUUCUCUUCGUUCCUUUGUAUUUUUUUUUUUCUUGGUUGAAAAAUCAACACGGAUUAAGGGCAUGAGAUUUCUAGCGUGUCCCGUACAUACCGCGUGGAUUAGCCGUCUGCUGGGAAAUUA